AUGCUUACCAUCAUUAGUUCCAAGGAGCUACGACCAAAAGUUCCGACAAAAUAUUAUGCUCUUUGUGCUUUUACUUAUGUCGCAGCUAUGCUAUCGAGUAAUGCAAGCUUGCGCUUUGUCAAUUACCCAACACAAAUUAUCGGCAAGUCGGUGAAACCAAUUCCGAUUAUGCUGUUUAAUGUCUUGUGGGCAAAACGAAAAUUCCCUCUGCAUAAAUAUUUAUUUGUUCUCAUGAUCACUGCCGGCGUAGUACUCUUUUUAGUAAAGAAUCCAUCUUCCGGUUCCCAGUUUUCAUUCCACAUUGGUGAAGCUCUAUUGGUCUUGUCCUUGGUGUUCGAUGGUCUUACUGGUGGGAUACAGGAGGAUUUGCGCUGUCGCUACGUCGUCGGCUCUUACUCUUUAAUGCUCCAAAUGAAUAUUUGGUCCAUAACUUACCUGUCUGUUGCUGUUCUGGGAACUGGCGAAGUUUCAAAGUUCAUCGACUUUGUCAUCCUCUACCCUGAGGUUAUUUGGAAUAUACUUUUAUUUAGCGUGGCAAGCGCUAUUGGCCAGCUCUGCGCAAUAAACUGUAUACUGAUUGCAGCCUGUAAGACAAUCUCAUUAAGCUAUUCUUCGCAAAUUAAGGCGACUCAGUGUAUAUUAUUAGAGGCCCGAAAAGCUUCUGAAGAAAUCUUCUCAUUUUUGGGCACCACAUCCUAUCUUCUGUGA